AUGUCGGGACGAAAGGCUCUGGCUGUUCUAGCCGUCAUGGCAGCAGCAGCAGCAGCAGCAGCAGGUGUCUCCAGCAGUCAGACCUCAGACUGCUCAUAUAUUGGCAUUCUCAAACAUUUAAACGUGAUGAAGCCAAAUGAUGCUCUGAUGAUUCGGCCUGUGGUAAACUGGAAGCGGCCCACCAUCGUCCUGCUUGACAUGCUGUUGUAUGGCAUCGUAGAUCUGGGAGAAAAGACCCAAACUGUCACCAGUCACAUCUGGAUCCACUUGAGAUGGCGAGAUGAAUUCCUCACUUGGAAUUCAUCAGACUUCUGUGGGAUAGACAAGGUGGUCAUCCCGAGAUCAAAACUGUGGCAACCCGACAUAGGCAUCCUCGAGGACAUCUCCGACACUGGAAGCAUCCAGCAGAGUCCGAUGGUCAAAGUGACCUCUGACGGUCUGGUGACGGCUCAGGGACGCCAGCGCCUCACCUCCACCUGUGAGCUCGAUCUGUACCUGUUCCCGUUUGACACGCAGAACUGCAACAUCUCGUUUUCAUCAGUGAACUACAACGUGGAGGAAAUACAACUGGGCACAAUGAACAGCGACGAGAUCCUUACUUCAGUGUCUGAAGCGUUGAUGAUCACAGCAGGAGAAUGGGAACUUGUAAACUUGACCAUACUGGCAUAUUCUUCGAAGAAAUCAGACGGUUUUCAAAGCUGUCUUGCUUACACGGUCACAUUAGUGAGGAAACCAAUGCUCUAUGUGAUUAAUUUACUCGUGCCCAUGCUUUACUUUCUGAUGCUGGACCUGGCCACCUUCUUCAUCAGAGACGAGAAGCUGAACUUCAAAGUGACCAUUGUCCUCUCCAUCUCUGUCCUUCUGCUCAUUCUUAAGGACAUGUUGCCCUCCACGGAGAAUUAUAUGCCACUGAUCGCCAACUACAGCGUCACUGUUUUUAUCAUGGUGGGAUUAAGCCUCCUGGAGGCCAUGUUGGUGGACUUCCUAAUGGGGCUCGAUGAUUACUGUGCUCAGAGAACCCGACGCUCCAUUAAUACCCAGGUGGAGAUUCAACUGGAGGCCAAUGGCCACACAGAGCCCGUUGAAGCCGGAGAGAAAAGCCAGGUGAAGCCAAUGACAAGGCCUCGCGAGGGUGACCUGCUGAAGCUCAUCCUGGAGGAAGUUAAAGCCGCUCGACAGGAAACGGGAAGACAAUGCAAAGAGGAGAGCAAACCUGGAUGCUAUGCAAGACUGGCUGUUAUCAUAGACUAUGUUUACUUUGUCCUCUACGCGAUAACGGUUGUCAUUUAUUUGACGUUAAUGUACGUAAACUGGAUUGGGGGCGUUUGUUUGUCUGCGAUCAGCAAAUGUAGUAAUCAACAAUACAUUUAGAAGGGGUAAAAAAAAAAUCUUCAGCUUUAGCUUCAAAUAAUCACAAAUAUAGUAAAACACAUUGUAUUUGGUCUGUGUUAGAUACAGAGUGCAUUCCAGUUGAACUCAUGGUUUUUAGUUUCCCAUUUUUUUUUUAAAUGCAUGAAGGAAUAUUAUGUCAUGUGUUUACCAAAAUGGACUAGAUUAGCUUGCUAGUUAGCAAACCUAGCGGUAUUGCUAGCAUCAGUCACCAAAUAACCUGACUUUUUGAAGUUUUUGAAGUACUCGCGUGACACACGCGCCUGUAACUCGAUUUCAAGAGCGACAACAAGUCUUAACAUGAGAGGUUGAACAUAUAGAUGCAUUUAAUCUGGUACCAGUGACGGUCGUGUGAUGUGUAGAAAUAUGUAAAUGGUGGGAAAGUGUUAGCUAGCUGGUUAGCAUUUGCAUUACUGUAAACUUCCAGAAAAAAAAACAGUAGAAAAACCAGCACAGACCUAGAAUAUCACCAGCAUAUGUUGUGUUUUGGUGCCGGUGAACCAGCCUCAAUCAGAAUCCCAUGCUGGUCGUAUGCUGUUUAACCAGCAGGGGGUGCUCUAGUAACCCAAAUAAAGACAAGGUUUUAACAACAGUGUGUUGAUAAGUAAACACAUACUUCUAUGAAUGAAUGUACAUAUACAAAUGAUUCGCUGUGGUGACCCUAACCCUAACCAAAGCUGAACAAUAAAAAUAAAAUCAUUAAUUAAUAUUAUGUCUUUAAUUCCUGGUUGGAGUGUGAUUUUCUCAACUGCUGACAAUUAUUUAAUUACCAAAAGGUAAAUGAAUGGUUGUAUAACCAACGUGUUUGUAAGUAAUUGUACCAAGGCAAAGUGAAGUAGACAAAACAUUCCAUGUGAGAAA